AUGGACGUCGACGUGGAAGAGGCGGCGAUGGAGCAAGUGGCGGCUCUACUGCAGCGUCCCGAUGCUCCGCACCGGAGUCCAGGGCCAACUCGAGGGGAUUCGAACGGCGAUCGCCCAUCUGCAGACCGCCUCCGAGAAUAUCACCGCCAUUGCGCAGGGGUAGCGUUUUUUUGUCCUAAAAUCAGGUAUUUUAGUGCGUCUCUACCAAAAAACCACACAAUUUUACUGUUUUUCGAAACAAAUUGGCAACGCGCUCAAAUUCCCAUUUUGGCCAUAGAAAACGACUAGUUCUGACCAAAAAUUCCAAAAUCAGACAGUUUCAAGCUUUCGAGUCAAUAAAACUGUGGCAUAGAACCCGACAACGUGACAAACUCUUGCAGAGUCGAGGACGUUCGCAAACGGCUCAAACCGUUUCCGGCGCUGAAAAAGAAGCUCCGUGAGCUGCGCGACGCGAACGCCCGUCACGGACAAUACGCGGCGGCGAUGGAGAAUCUGAAGCACAUCUUCAAUCUACAGACGCCGCUUCAGGAGAUCCGCAACGCGCUCGAGGACGAGAAGAGCGGCGCGAAACUGUUGUUGGCGCACAGAAAUACCGAGCACCGAGAAGGAGUAGAAUGUAAGUAA